GAAGCCGGGUCCGGCUUUCAGGAGUUCCGCCCACAGUUAAGAUGGCCGCGGGAGGCCAUGUGCGGGGGCUGCUCCGGGUCCCCCCGGCUUGGUGCUGCCGCCCGCGCCGGGCUCGCUCCGCCGCCGCCUGCCCCCCGGCCGGGCAGGUCCGCCAGGCCUUUCUCCGCUUUUUCCAGGAGCAGCACAAACACCGCCUGGUGCCCUCGGCCCCGGUGCGGCCCCGCGGGGACCCCGGGCUCCUCUUCGUCAACGCGGGCAUGAACCAGUUCAAGCCCAUUUUCCUGGGCACAGCACAUCCCCGAAGUGAGCUGGCACAGUACCGGCGUGUGGUGAACAGCCAGAAAUGUGUGCGCGCUGGCGGGAAGCACAAUGAUUUGGAUGAUGUUGGCCGAGAUGUUUACCACCACACCUUCUUUGAGAUGCUGGGGAACUGGUCUUUUGGGGAUUACUUCAAAGAGGAAGCAUGUGGCAUGGCAUGGGAGCUCCUAACACAGAUCUAUGAGAUCCCAAAAGACCACCUGUACAUCACCUAUUUCGGAGGAGACGCCUCACUGGGUCUGAGCCCAGAUGAAGAGAGCAGGGACAUAUGGCUUAGCCUAGGGGUGCCUCCCAGUCACGUGCUUCCUUUCCCACUGAGGGAAAACUUCUGGGAGAUGGGUGAGACGGGCCCUUGCGGCCCCUGCACCGAGAUCCACUACGACCACGUGGGUGGCGGCAGGCACGCGGCAGCACUGGUAAACCAGGACAGCCCUGAUGUGGUGGAGAUCUGGAACCUGGUCUUUAUGCAGUACAGCAGAGAGGCUGAUGGGAGUCUGCGUCCAUUGCCCCAGCACCACGUGGACACGGGGAUGGGCCUAGAAAGGCUGGUGACGGUUCUGCAGAACAAGCACUCCAACUACGACACAGACCUCUUCACCCCCAUCCUGGAUGCCAUCCACAAGGGCUGCGGGGGGCCUGGGUACCAGGGCCUGGUGGGGGAGGCCGAUGUCGGGUCUGUGAACAUGGCCUACCGCGUGGUGGCAGAUCAUGUGCGCACCCUGUCCGUGUGCAUUGCCGACGGCGUGUACCCCGGCAUGUCCGGGGCUGAGCUGGUGCUACGCCGCAUCCUGCGCAGAGCUGUCCGGUUUUGCUCUGAAGUUCUCCACGCUCCGCCAGGGUUCCUGGCCAGCUUGGUUCCUGCCGUGGUGGAAGUUCUGGGAGACGCCUAUCCGGAGCUGAGGAAGAAUACAGACCAGAUUAUGAAUGUUAUCCAUGACAACGAGGCUGCAUUUCUCUCCUCCCUCCUGCGGGGGCGGCGUAUCAUUGACAGGACUCUGCAGCAGAUGGGUCCCUCCAAGCUCUUCCCAGGGGAGGUAGCCUGGUCUCUCUAUGGAAACUUGGGAUUCCCCCUAGAUUUGAUUGGCUUGAUGAUUGAAGAAAAGGGGAUCCAAAUGGACUGGGCAGCUUUGGACCAGCUAGCCCAGGAAAAUGCUAAGCGGAAAGCUCAGACCCAGCAGGCAGAACAACUGGAGGGCUCCGGCGUGCGAUUGGAUGUGCAUUCGCUGGCUCAGCUGCAGAGGGACGGUGUGCCUGCUACUGAUGACUCGCCGAAAUACGCCUACACACUCGGGCAAGACGGGAGAUAUGCAUUUAGCCCGUGCCAGGCCACCGUCUUGAUGCUGUACAAAGAUCAGUCCCUUCAGAAGGAGGUUGGGGCAGGCCAGCGCUGCGGAGUCCUCCUGGACAGGACCAGCUUCUAUGCAGAACAGGGAGGGCAGGCACAUGAUCGGGGCUACCUGGUGCGUCUGGGACAACAGGAUGUGCUCUUCCCGGUGGAGUCGGUUCAGCUGUCUGGUGGCUACGUGAUCCAUGAGGUCACAGCCCCCGAGACCCUGCAGGCUGGGGACCAAGUGCAACUCUUUGUGGAUGAGGUUCAGCGGCUGGCCUGCAUGGUGAACCACACCGCCACUCAUCUGCUGAGCUUUGCACUCCGCCAUGUCCUAGGAGAUCAGACAGAACAGCGAGGGUCCCACGUGACUGCUGAUCAGCUGCGAUUCGACUUCAGUACGCAGGCCCCUGUGACCACGCAGCAGCUGCAGGAAGUAGAAAGUGUGAUUCAGGAAGUGGUUGACCAGAAUGAAAUUGUCUAUAUGGCAGAAGCCCCCCUGGCACUGGCAGGUGGCAUUCAGGGACUCCGGACCAUGGAUGAGGUGUAUCCAGAUCCGGUGAGGGUGGUAUCGGUAGGUGUCCCCGUAGAAAGUGUACUGACCCCCAACUCUCAGGCUGCGAUGCAGACUUCUGUGGAGCUGUGCUGUGGGACGCACUUAUUGCAGACAGGAGCUGUGCAGGAUCUGACCAUCACCUCCGAGCAUCAGCUGGUUAAAGGGAUCAGUCGCAUCAUUGCAGUGACUGGGGAGCAAGCCAAGCAGGCCCGGGAAGUAGGCCAGUCCUUGGCUAAAGAAGUGGACUCGCUCUCUGCAUGGGUGAAACAGGGAAGCUCUUCCCUUCCCGAGGUGCAGAGCCUCUCCAAGGAGGUGGGCCGCCUGACUGAAGAGGUGGGCAGCACUGCGAUACCCCAGUGGCAGAGAAGGGAACUUCAGGCCAUUCUCAAAGCCCUGCAGAGAGCAGCAAACACAGCGAUUAGAAAAUUGGAAAUCAGUCAGGCUGCAGAGAAGGCGCAAGGCCUGCUGGAGAGGCAUUCCAAGCAGCCAGUCAUCAUCGAUACCAUCCCGGCCGACUCGCUCUCAAUCCUGAUGAAGGUGGUGAACCAGCUUUGUGACAAGUCUCCUGGGGCUUCAGUGUUGCUGCUCAGUCCCCAGGCAUCCGGCGAGGUGCUCUGUGCCUGUCAGGUGUCCAAGAGUGCCCUGCCCACAUUUUCUGCUGCGGACUGGGCCCUGGCUGUCUGUACUCACAUGGGAGGCAAUGCAGGGGGCUCUGGCAUUGUAGCCAAGGGUACUGGGAACACCAAGGACCUUCAGGGAGCCCUGACUGCUGCACUGGAGUUUGCCCGGACUAGACUCUGAAGUAAGGAAGAUUCCUUGUUUUGUGGGGUCAGUUGGAGCCAGCAGAGCUCCCAGCCUCCUGUCUCAGGGAUGCUGCCACAGAGCUGUCCCUUUGCUGCACCAUGUUUCAGCCUCCAACGAGCCCUGCGUCUUGAGUGGCUUAGCAGCUCCCAUUGCUGAACGCUGCUGCCAAGCACUGUGAAUCAUGGAUAUCUGGCUUCCUGCCACCGGGGGUCAACAUAGGAAUAGGGGGCAGAGUCGGGCCGACCAUCCUGCCCCAAAGGACUGUCUGGAGGAGGCAGCUGACUCUCUGCUUCUGGCCGUCUAGUCUGGAUGCAUGGGGAUUGUCACAGAAGGAGCCAGUUUUCCUCCGGCCCUCCAGCUUGUGGGGAGGUUAUGGCUGCUAGAGGGGUGAUCCUGUGCCAUGGCUGGGAGAGAUUUACUGCCAUGUGAGCCACACGCACAAGGAAGCUCUGUGCGGGAGAAGGGGAACUAUCCAAUGAUAUCCUGAAACUAAUAAAGAACUGAAAUUGGCUGA